CAGCUUGCGAGCGAUCGCAUCUUUGCGCCGCUGUAAAUCUCGAUGCAAAUAACAAUAUCACUUUAUUGUGGCACUUUUGAAUUGAUGUCUUAUCUGUCUAGUGUAUAGGUUGCAUUACUAUCUGUUGUGGUCACCGCGAGUGUUGUUUAUAAAUUACGUACGCUGUUGGAUUGUUGCAGUGUAAUUAGGGGAUAUAAUUUUUGUUCUGUUUAAGAUUUGUGUCGUGUUGGAGCAAAAGACUGGAGUGUGCCGUGUAAAGAUGGCGUAGCGUAAUGGAGGGGGAGUGCUCAGAGGGCGCGGAGGGGUGGCUGUUAGUGCGCGUGCACGUUCCAGAACUUAACGUGCAAAAGAGCCUCCAGUUUCCGAGGGACCAGCUCGUUUGGGACGUCAAGCAGCAGUGCCUUGCCGCCUUACCUAAGGUGGCCACUUGGUACAGGGAGCUAAAGGAGAGCUUCAACUAUGGUCUGUUCUGCCCUCCGGUCAACGGCAAAGCCGGCAAGUUCUUGGAUGAGGAACGACGGCUUGGCGACUACCCCUUCAACGGGCCUGUUGGAUACCUCGAGUUAAAAUAUAAACGGCGCGUAUACAAAAUGCUGAAGUUGGACGAGAAGACACUAAAGACGCUGCACUCACGAGCAAACUUGAGGCGGUUUCUCGAGCACGUUACGCAUGCACAACUCGACAAAAUUACCAAAGCCUGCGCCAAGGGACUGGACCCUAACUUCCACUGUCAAGAUACCGGAGAAACACCCCUAACCAUCGCAGCUGGCCUAAAAUCACCAGGGAAGGUACUAAUAGCACUAGUUAAUGGUGGCGCCCUCCUCGACUACCGAACGAAGGAUGGCAGCACUGCAGUGCAUAGAGCAGUAGAAAAGAAUUCUCUGGAAGCAGUGAAAACUCUUCUAGAACUUGGCGCCUCGCCCAACUACAAAGAUGGAAAAGGCCUUACGCCGCUGUACCUGUCAGUCACGAAUAAGACUGAUCCACUGCUGUGUGAAACGUUGUUACAUGAUCACGCCACCAUUGGAGCGACUGACUUACAGGGAUGGCAGGAAGUGCAUCAGGCGUGUCGAAACGGCCUAGUCCAGAACCUGGACCACCUGUUAUUCUAUGGCGCGGAUAUGAACGCGCGCAACGCGUCCGGGAACACGCCGCUGCACGUGUGCGCGGUUAACGCGCAAGACUCGUGCGCGCGGCAGCUGCUGUUCCGAGGCUGCGACAAGGAGGCGCUCAACUACGCCAACCAAACACCCUACCAGGUUGCAGUUAUAGCAGGAAAUUUGGAAUUAGCAGAAGUUAUAAAAAAUUACAAGGCAGAUGAAGUCGUGCCGUUCCGCGGACCGCCACGAUACAACCCGAAGAGACGAUCGGCCGCCUGGGGAGGGUGGUGGACCGCAGGGGACCGCUCCUCGCUGGCUUCCUCCACGAGAAUACCUGCGGAGUUUGACGCUAUCCUGAGACGGCCUGGUGGUUCUACUGCAUCACCGUGCAGUCUGGAGAGGCCCUUCUCCUCAGCGUCGUCCAGCAUCAGCGACGCGAGCCAUCCGAGCCACGAAGACGACGCCAGCAUUCUCACAGAUAAGAGCGCGGGCGACACUAGCGACAUCAUAUCGGACUCGAGCGGCGUGGGCACCAGCAACUCGGACACGACCACGUGCUCACUGCAGGCGCUCGCCACCACCGUCGUCUGCCUGCAGCCAUACGAGCCCGCCGCGCCAGGACACCUGCGGCUCGCGCAGGGCGACAUCAUUGAAGUGGUGGGCGCGACUGACGACGGUCUGCUGGAGGGCGCGGUGCGGGGGGCGGGGGGCGCGUCGCGGGGGGCCGCGGGGCUGUUCCCCGCGCACUGCGUGCAGGAAGUGCGGCUCCGGCAGAACAACGCUCACCUGCACCAGGUGCUUUCGUCAGGACCAAUCCACCAUUCUAGAGUAACCGGCAGAAGAGAAAUGGCAUUAAGCAAAACGUAUAGCGCAACAGCACCUAGAAUAAAGAAAACGUUCGCGGGAGGGCGCGCUUGUUCCCGCACGGUGGUGUUGCACCGCGCGCGGCGCGGGUUCGGGUUCGUGCUGCGCGGCGCAAAAGCGUCGUCACCACUCAUGGAACUGCAGCCCAGCGAACGAUGCCCCGCGCUUCAGUACCUCGACGACGUCGACGUCGGCGGCGUCGCCGACCGCGCCGGCCUGCGCAAGGGGGACUUCCUAGUUGCGAUAAAUGGUGAAGAUGUGUCGGCGGCGUCGCACGAGCACGUGGUGGAACUAAUACGCAGCUCUGGUGCUCUCGUCUCCAUGACUGUUGUCUCGUUGAAUAGCACGCCUGGUAACAACGAGCCCAACACGUGUACGGUACCGACGAGUAAAUCCCAGAACCAGCUGUCCAGUUCAGGGCGACCGUACGCGGCCACUCUGCCGCGGAAAGCAGCCGGUGGCCGCAGCCCCGCACCAGCGCCGCCACGACGCGACCCGCGCACCACGCUGAGCGUGGGCCGAGCGCGCGCCAAGUCCAUGGUUGCCGGACUCGAGAACGGCGGUGAAAAAGAAGAAAGUUGCGAGCCAUUGAGUGUGGCUGGUAAAUCUUCAUCGGCCGAGUCUGUGCAACUACAUGGCGGUAGUAAUUGCGGAACUCCCGUGUCGGGCACUCCGGUGGCGCCGCGCACGGCUUCCAUCCGGCAGCGGCCCGCGUCCUCGCGCAUCACGGCCGCCGAGCUCGAGGAGCUGUUCCAGCGGCAGGCCGACGCCGGCGCGGACACUGACGCACUGGGCGGACCGAGCGCGAUGAUGACGCGGUCUGCGUUCCAGGGCGGGUCCAACUCGCCACCGUACUCGCCCGCAAGGCAGCGCGUCUACGCAUCCGUCGCGGAGAUGAAGCGCUCCAGGGGAAAGGGAAUGUCGUCUGGCUGGUCAUGUCAGUCGCUGCGGCGCGAGUUCCACUCGACGCCCGACCUGGCGGCCGAGCUCGCAGCGCACCCACCACGCACGCGCUCCAGCGAGGACGUACACGGUACGUCGCGCGUGCCGCCGCCGGCGCACCCGCCGCCGCCGCCGCCGGGCGCGGGCGGGCCGGCGUCCUCGUUCCGGCCGGCCGCCGCCGCCAAGCUGUACGCCGCGCCGCGGGACCUCGCGCCCGUCGCCUACCGCCCCGCCGCGCCCGCCACCAACACCGCCGCCCCACCCGCGCCCGCGCCCGCACACAACCACCACCAAGCCCGCAAGACUGCGUCGCUGCGCGCGUGGACGUCGGCGGACGGGCCCGCGCCCGCGUCCGGCGCCGCGCCCGCGCCCGCGCCCGCCGCCGCCUCCGCGCCGCACUAUGCGCAGCCUAUCAUCGCGCACAAGGGCUUCGUCCGCCAGAACUCGACACCGGCGCCGCCGAUCCCGGAGCCGGACUACAGCAUGUCCGAGUCGGACGACGACGACCGCAAGCCCAAGGAGCCCCCCGCUGCGGAGACCAGCGCCAACAGCAACACCAGCGGCAGCAGCUCCGGCUCCAGCUCCAUGCAGCACUCGUUCUCCGUGGACGAGAUACAAAAAAUCCGCACGAGGCUCAAAUCGUCCAAGUCGUGCGGCGACGAACUCGCGAGCGGCGGCGAACGGGACGACGGCGACAACUCCUCGUCAGGAGUCUCCUCGGACCAAGAGGCUCACGCGCGGCCGCCGCGCCGCGACAAAGUAUCCUUCUGCAGUUCCGUCACGGUCAAGUCGUCUAAUGACGUCAUCAGUACGGAGCCCGUGCACUCGUCGUCUGAGAGCUUGGUCGCGCCGCCGCCGAUGCAGCGCCACAACUCGCUGACACGGAAACGCGCGACCGCUGCAUUGCUGCGCGGGUCGGUGGGCGCACGUGGCCGUUCUGCUGCCGAACGACUCGGCGUGGACAUAGACAAUGCGCCGGGCCGGCGACGCGCCGCCGUGUCGCUGGCGGAGCUGCCGCCGCCCCCGGAGGAGCCCGCCGCCGUACAAGCGCCCGCCCCCGACCCCCCCGCGCCGCCGCUGCUCGCGCCCCCGCCGCAGUUCAGUGACCGCGUGAGGGUCGUGUCCGCGUUACCGAAACAGCUCGCACACCUGCAGUAGAGGCCGCGGCAGAGUACCGACGCGUCCACAUCGAUACGUACGUAGCAGCAAUGGUCGCGUAGAAGCAGUUCCAAGACUAGUACAGACUACUGCGUCGUAGCGAUGGACGCGUCCGCAGUAGUAGCCGCACUGCUAUAGAAGUCUAUAUACACCCAGCGUUACGCUCCUCCGGGAGCGAGUGCAUUUGGUAUAUGCAACGCCGCAGUGCCGACCUUAUGAACCGUAGCGUAGCACCUUCCCCUCGGAAGCCACGAGUACGAAAACGUUUUGUAAUCGAGCGACUAAAUGAAACCAAAGAUUUAUAGUAUUUAUUGUUGAGGAGUUAACAUUGAUAUAGUUGAAUAUAAUUUUUAUACAUUCCCCUAUUAUAACUUAACACUGUUAGAAUUAUUUUUAAUACGUAUAUAUAUGUAGUCUCCGAUGUGUCAAAUAUGUUAUUGUAAUUAUAUCGUUCCCUCUACUUGUUUAGUUCUGUAUUAUGUUGUUUCCUCCUGUUACGACGCAACCGAGUGCCAUCGUGUCUGUUAUUAAAAUAUUUUUAUAAUAUAUAUAUUAUAUAUGAAAUCGUCUGUAAAUAUUUUUAAAUAGCUACUUUGUAACGAAGCAAAAGAGUGGACUGCGCGCGUAUAUAACAAAAAAUCCGGCCAACAUAUUAUAUAUUUAAAACAGAUAUAUAUCUAUUAUAUGAAUAAAGAGAACUUUAUUGAAGAUUUAUAUUAUUUAUAUAGGUACACGACAUCCGCGUCGGCCAACGAAAAUAUUGUUUCUUUCAUACGUCCAAAAAGUGUGCGAUCGCGCCGGUCCACUCUCGCCUUCACACAUUCAAAGAUUACUUUAAGGCUCUAAAGCCCUUUAACUAUGUGUUCUCAUACAAGACUAGUGUUUAUU